AUGUGUUUUUCUAAAUUAUAUAAUUUUAUUACUUAUUUUAUAAUAAUAAAUAUUUUAGUUCAAGCAAAUACUGAAAAUGAAGAUAUAUUGAAUAAAAAUAGCGAAAAAAAUGAGGAAAUAUACAAAUAUAAAUUAUAUGGAGAUAUUGAUGAAUAUGCAUAUUAUUUUAUGGAUAUAAAUAUAGGAACACCUGGGCAAAAACUUUCACUAAUAGUAGACACUGGAUCGUCUUCGCUAAGUUUCCCAUGUUCAGAAUGUAAAGAUUGUGGGGUGCAUAUGGAAAAUCCUUUUAAUUUAAAUAAUUCAUCAACGUCAUCGAUUUUAUAUUGUAAUGAUAAUAUUUGCCCAUAUAAUUUAAAAUGUGUAAAAGGAAGAUGUGAAUAUUUACAAUCUUAUUGUGAGGGAUCUCGAAUUAACGGUUUUUAUUUUUCGGAUAUUGUAAGGCUCGAAUCGAACAAUAAUACUAAAAAUGGAAACAUAACUUUUAAGAAACAUAUGGGAUGUCAUAUGCAUGAAGAAGGGUUAUUUUUACAUCAACAUGCGACGGGAGUAUUGGGGUUAAGUUUAACAAAACCAAAAGGUGUACCGACUUUUAUUGAUUUAUUAUUUAAAAGUUCCCCUAAAUUAAAUAAGAUAUUUUCAUUGUGUAUUUCUGAAUAUGGAGGUGAACUAAUUUUAGGGGGAUAUAGCAAAGACUAUAUUGUCAAAGAAGUUUCAAUUGAUGAAAAGAAAGAUAAUAUUGAACAUAAUAAGAAUGAAAAUAUUAAUUCGAUUAAUAAAUCGAUUGUAGAUGGUAUACUUUGGGAAGCUAUAACUAGAAAAUAUUAUUAUUAUAUAAGAGUCAAAGGAUUUCAAUUAUUUGGUACAACUUUUUCUCAUAAUAACAAAAGUAUGGAAAUGCUAGUAGAUUCUGGUAGUACUUUUACACAUCUACCUGAUGAUUUAUAUAAUAAUUUGAAUUUUUUUUUUGAUAUAUUAUGUAUACACAAUAUGAACAAUCCUAUUGAUAUAGAGAAAAAAUUAAAAAUAACAAAUGAAACGCUAAGCAACCAUCUUUUAUAUUUUGAUGAUUUUAAAUCUACACUAAAAAAUAUAAUAAGUAGUGAAAAUGUGUGUGUAAAAAUAGCUGACAAUGUACAAUGUUGGAGAUAUUUAGAAAAUUUACCAAAUAUAUAUAUUAAACUAUCUAAUAAUACUAAACUAGUAUGGCAACCUAGUUCUUAUUUAUAUAAAAAAGAAUCAUUUUGGUGUAAAGGACUAGAAAAACAAGUAAAUGACAAACCUAUUCUUGGAUUGAGUUUUUUUAAAAAUAAACAAAUUAUAUUUGAUCUUAAAAAUAAUAAAAUUGGGUUUAUUGAAUCAAAUUGUCCAUCUAAUCCGAUUAAUACAAGACCGAGAACUUUUAAUGAGUAUAAUAUAAAAGAAAAUCAUUUAUUCAAACAAUCAUAUUUUAGUUUAUAUGCCUUUUCCAUAAUUAUUGCCUUAACAUUUAUACUUUACAUUAUCUUAUACAUUAAAAAGUUUAUAUGUUCCUAUUACAACCCAUUGCAUGGAUAA